UCUUCUGUUAUAAUUCACUCUGCGUAUAGUGGCAGAAUGUGAGAGAGACUGCACUCUCUAACAAAAAAUAGUGUUGUCGUCGAACUCUUGCUCCAAUGGUAAUGAAAGGUCUUGAUAAUGGGAGCAGAAAGCGCAAACGACAGACUUCAAGAAAGCUUGGAGUGGAUGCAAAAGUGGAGGUGCGGAGUAUGGACAACGGGUUUCAAGGAUCGUGGCACCCCGGGACAGUUAUCAUGUGUGAGGAUUUGCAACGGCGUGUCAGAUAUAACAAUAUUUUGGAUAACGAGGGGGUGUAUAAUCUUGAGGAGGUUGUGAUUGUUUCAAAAGCUUUGGACGGUGAUAUUGAAUGUGCAGACUUCUAUGCACGCGGGUUCAUCAGGCCACUGCCUCCUUUGGUUGAGUUUGAUAUGGGGGACCUUGUAUAUGGUUUAUGUGUUGAUGUGAACUAUGAGGAAGCUUGGUGGGAAGGAGUUAUAUUUGACUACUGUGAUGGAAUGGACAAGAGGAGUGUGUUUUUCCCUGAUUUGGGUGAUGAAAUACCGGUUGAAAUUCAUCAGUUGCGGAUUACUCAGGACUGGGAUGAAAUUACUGAGGAGUGGACCCGACGAGGGAACUGGGUGUUUCUUGAUCUGGUGGAGGAGCAGAAGAGGAACUUGUUUGUCACAGUUUCGGCCAAGCAGAUUUGGUAUGAUAUACGCAUUAAAAAGGAAUUUGAGACGAUUAGAGAGUGGACAUGUAAUUUGAAGUACUUGUGGACCGAGUUGAUAAAGGAGAUAAUUAAUCACUACUUCUCUCUAACGUUAAAGGAAAUUAUCUCUGUCCUAAACCUUCCUCGGAGUCUUUUAAAUGAAACACCAGAGCAUGAAUUUGCUGAAGCUAUGCCUAAUGUUGACUUAAGCAUGAUCUGGCAUAAUAAGCAAACUGCUGUGCAGAAAGGAACUGUCCCUCGUAUUAAAGGGACCUUAUCUGACGUUCAAAAUGAAAUUAGACCCUGUGGUGAUAGUCCUUUUGAUGAAAGCAGAGAAGAUAGAUCCUCAAGUCAUUUAAUGUCCUCUUUUUGGAAUCCUGUGAAGUUGUCUGGGGUUGAAUUAUGCCCUGAUGCUGUUAGGGAAUAUCCACUUGCUUCCAAACGUGAAGUUAGGGCAUUUUGGAUGGACAAAUUACAAAAGCAUCUUUUAUGUCUUGGAUGGAAAAUUGAAUGGUCAAAUAGAUUAAAUAUUAAACGUUACAAGUAUAUUUCCCCUUACACGAAGGGCCAAAGGUAUUACCUUUCACUCAUUGAAGUUUGUAAAGCUAUGAAACAGGACCCCAACAUGAACUCCUUGCAUCUCCAAAAUGAUCAGACCAUAACGCAUCCUACAGUUGAUUUCCAUCUUUCAGAUGUGCCUUCUAUUCCAGCUGAAAAUAUUCAGUCUAUAACGCAUCUCCAAAAUGAUCACACUAUAAUGCAUCCUACAGUUGAUUGUCCUCUUUCAGACGUGCCUUCUAUUCCAGCUGAAAAUAUUCAGUCUGUAACGCAUCUCCAAAAUGAUCACACUAUAAUGCAUCCUACAGUUGAUUGCCAUCUUUCAGAUGUGCCUUCUAUUCCAGCUGAAAAUAUUCAGUCUAUAACGCAUCUCCAAAAUGAUAACACUAUAAUGCAUCCUACAGUUGAUUGUCAUCUUUCAGAUGUGCCUUCUAUUCCAGCUGAAAAUAUUCAGUCUAUAACGCAUCUCCAAAAUGAUCACACUAUAAUGCAUCCUACAGUUGAUUGUCAUCUUUCAGAUGUGCCUUCUAGUCCAGCUGAACAUAUUCAGUCUAUAACGCAUCUCCAAAAUGGUCACACUAUAAUGCAUCCUACAGUUGAUUGUCAUCUUUCUGAUGUGCCUUCUAAUCCAGCUGAAAAUAUUCAGAAUCUAGAUAUCAUUCAUGCAGCUGAAAAUAUUCAGAAUCUAGAUAUCAUUCCUCCAGCUGAAAAUAUUCAGAAUCUAGAUGUCAUUCCUCCAGCUGAAAAUAUUCAGAAUCUAGAUAUGUUUCCUCCUGCUGAAAAUAUUCAGAAUCUAGAUAUGUUUCCUCCUGCUGAAAAUAUUCAGAAUCUAGAUAUCUUUCCUCCUGCUGAAAAUAUUCAGAAUCUAGAUAUCUUUCCUCCCGCUGUGCCAUCUUCUCCAGUUGAAGAUGAAGUUGAAGAAGUACCUGAGUAUUGUCCUUGGGCUGUUGUGCAGUAUUAUCGCAUGUAUAUAUACAAGAAGAGCCGGGCUGAUAAAAAAAAGUGGAUACUAAAGGCAAAGAAGCAUCUGUUAUCAGAGGGAUGGGUUUUAGACCAUCCACCUCCAUUUAAUAAGAGAAGGGGAAUAAUAUACAUGUCUCCACAAAAUCGGAAAUUCCCAACACUCCAUGCAGCAUGCAAAUUUUGCAUUGAAGAAACUAUUCCUAAUUGGGACCUUGAAUGGCAGGAGAUGGAUGAAGGUGCUUCUAGUAUUAAACCAACUACAAAUCAAAAGAAGAAAAACAAGAGGGAUUUGAAGGCCAACACACCUAAGGGCCAAAGCAAUGGACCUCGACAGGUGCUAAGAUCAAAUAAGAGGGUGCAAAAGGUGUCUGCCUCUACUCAUUUACAUCACAAGCCUCUAAACAUUCCGUCUUAUUUGAUAGACAGCAACAUCAUCUUACCAAGGUCUAAGGUUUAUUAUAAGGCAAAAGGCACGAACCGUGCAGUCCGAACUUUGGCUGAGGGGAAAAUAACUCAUGAUGGAAUCAAGUGUAACUGUUGCCUUACAAUAUACAGUUUUGCUGGAUUUGAAAAACAUGCUACUGGCAGUAGUACCUGCAGACCCUCUGCUAAUAUCUUUUUGGAUGACGGGAAGUCACUCUUGGACUGCCAGAUACAAAUGAUGCAAGGUCAAAAGAAUAGUGUAGCUAGUGGAAAAGCAUUAAGUGAUCUUUCUCUAGCUGAUAAUGACUACAUUUGUUCAGUUUGUCGCUAUGGUGGUGAACUUAUUUUAUGUGAUAAAUGUCCAUCCUCAUUCCAUAAGACGUGUCUUGGUUUGGAGGAUGUCCCUGAAGGUGACUGGUUUUGUCCAUCAUGUCGUUGCGGGAUUUGUGGCCAAAGGAAAAUUGAUGGAGAUGAGGUUGAACACUUCCUUUCUUGCAUACAAUGUGAACAUAAAUAUCAUGUUAGGUGCCUGAAAAAUGGAGCUGCAAAUACAUCAAGAUAUAAUGGAAACUGGUUCUGUGGAAAAGACUGUGAAAAGAUAUACGAGGGCCUUCAUAAAUUAUUAGGAGAGCCAAUUCCAGUGGCUAGCAAUCUAACUUGGACUUUGGUGAAGUUUAUCAACCCUGACAGUUGUGAUCUUGGUAAUGUUGAAAGUGACUUAGUGGCAGAAAGUUACUGCAAACUCAAUCUUGCUCUUUCGUUGAUGCAUGAAUGUUUUGAGCCCCUAAAAGAACCCUUGACUUCCAGAGAUCUCGUGGAAGAUGCUCUAUUCAGCAGAAGGUCAGAGCUUAACCGAAUAAAUUUCCAGGGUUUCUACACUGUGCUACUUGAGAGAAAUGAAGAACUGGUUAGUGUGGCAACUGUUAGGGUCCAUGGGAAGAAGGUAGCUGAAAUACCUCUUGUUGGUACCAGAUUACAAUAUCGUCGACAUGGAAUGUGUCGCAUUUUAGUAAAUGAGCUUGAAAAGAAGCUCAUGAAAUUAGAUGUGGAGAGGCUGGUUUUGCCGGCUGUUCCUAGUGUGCUAGAGACAUGGACCGGCUCUUUUGGCUUUGCAAAGAUGACUGAUUAUGAGAGAUCUCAGUUUCUGGACUAUACUUUCCUAGAUUUUGAGGGUACCAUUAUGUGCCAAAAGUUGUUGAUGAACAUAGCAUCUUCAGAUUCAGUUUUGUUAACAGAGUCUAAACGUUGCUGUUUUAACCCCAGUAAGUCUGGUCCCAUAUGUGAAGUGCACCAAGGAGAAGCUAUUGACGAAAAUGCUUGUGCUGGCAAUAAUGAUCACCAUGAUUUAAGAGCUAUUGACCCAUUUAGAAUGGUAAAGGAACCGGAUCAACAGUGUCAGAAAGGAACAACCAGUAGUGUGUGCUCGUUUGAUGAACUAGUUGAAAGGAAUGAUGAUGAUCUGUAUAAGUUUGUCUACACACGAAAGAAAAUGAGAAAAUGAUACCAAGGGAUUUAGCAUGGCAUCAUGGCUGUUGCAUGAUAAAUCCUCCAUCUGUCCACAUAAUGUCACAAGUAGUAGACUUUUGUACAGUGUAGAAAUAGCCUUGUACAAAACUCUACUUCAGUUACAAGCGCUUGCGCAGCUGUAAUUUUGCUCUGCAUUCAUGUUGUUACAACCUUGCAUCACUGUGCUUUUUUGCUGUCAUCUGAGUUUGUGAAAUAGAAACGGUAAAUUUGAGUGAGGUUAUAGUUGCACAUUGGACAUUAUCUGUUUUACUAUUUUUCUGUUUUGAAAAUGUAAUGUGCUAUGAAAAGCAAGGAACAUAUGCUUGUAUCAGAAUUUGGUUCUUUUGAUGGAA